GAGUUCUAUCACCACUGUUUACAUUGAGGUCCUUCCACCCAACAACCAGAGCCCUCCCCGCUUUCCUCAGCUGAUGUACAGCCUUGAAGUCAGCGAGGCCAUGAGAACUGGAGCCGUUUUGUUAAACCUGCAGGCUUUUGAUAGAGAGGGUGACCCUAUAAGAUACCUCAUUCAUAAUGGAGAUCCUCAACAAGUUUUUAAUCUCUCUCAAAGUUCUGGACUGCUAGCCUUAGGAAAGCCCUUGGACAGAGAAAGCACUGAUCGCUAUAUUCUGAUUGUUACAGCCUCGGAUGGCAGACCAGAUGGGACCUCAACUGCUACGGUUAAUAUAGUGGUGACGGAUGUAAAUGACAACGGACCAGUUUUUGAUAUGUUUCUGCCUAAAAACCUGUCCGUACAGGAGGAGGAAGCCAAUGCUUUUGUUGGUCAAGUAAGGGCUACAGACCCAGAUGCUGGUGUCAAUGGUCAAGUUCACUACAGUCUGGCAAACUUCAAUAAUCUUUUCCGAAUCACAUCAAACGGUAGUAUUUAUACAGCAGUUAAACUGAACAGAGAAGCAAGGGACUAUUAUGAACUUACUGUGGAAGCGACAGACGGAGCUGUGGACCCUCGCCGUUCAACGCUGACUUUAGCAAUCAAGGUGCUGGAUAUUGAUGACAACAGCCCUGUUUUUACUAAUGCUUCCUACACUGUCUCCGUGCCAGAAAAUCUACCACCAGGCACUGUCUUUCUGCAAAUAGAGGCCAAGGAUGUUGAUCUUGGUUCCGACGUUAACUAUCGAAUACGGACACAGGAGGCACUACAGUAUUUUGCACUGAACAAGUACACAGGCGAGUUAUCACUUUUGAAGUCCUUGGAUUAUGAAUCAUUCUCUGACACUGAAGCAACCUUCACCUUUCUUGUGGAAGCCUUUGAUAGCAAGGGCACUAUGCCUCCUGGUCUUGCUACUGUCACGGUGAGAGUAAAGGAUAUGAAUGAUUACUCUCCAGUAUUUAGCAAAAAGCUCUACAGGGGAAUGGUAGCUCCUGAUGCGGUCAAGGGCACUGUUAUCACUACUGUUUCAGCUGAGGACCAAGAUCCUCCGGGCACACCAGCAAGUCGAGUCCGAUACAAAGUAGAUGUUGUCCAGUUUCCUUACAGUGCCAGCAUUUUUGAUGUGGAGGAAAGCACAGGACGUGUAGUAACCCGAGUAAACCUAAACGAGGAGCCAAGUACGGUGUUUAAGCUAGUGGUCAUUGCGUAUGAUGAUGGGGAUCCUGUGAAGUUCAACACCACUACUGUCGAAAUUGCUGUACUGCAGCCUUCAGUAAUUCCACGGUUUACACAGGAUGAAUACAGACCCCCACCAGUGAGUGAAAGUGCACCAAAAGGAACUGUGGUUGCAGUUGUUACAGCGGCCGCCUUGAACCAGACAAUUGUGUAUUCAAUUGUUGCAGGGAAUGAAGAGGAUGUGUUUGCUAUCAAUAACAGAACAGGCGUGAUCUCGGUUAAAAAACCCCUGGAUUAUGAAAGCGUGAAAAGUUAUGAGCUUCGAGUUCAGGCAGAUUCCUUACAAGUGGUACGAUCCAAUCUGCGCGUCCCAUCCAAAAGUAAUACAGCCAAGGUACUAAUUGAAGUGAAGGAUGAAAAUGACCAUGUGCCUGUCUUUACAAAAAAAAUGUACAUCGGAGGAGUGUCUGAAGAUGCCAAAAUGUUUUCUUCUGUGCUUAAAGUUAAGGCUGAUGAUAAAGACACUGGGAAUUACAGUGCCAUGCAAUACAGACUCAUCAUUCCUCCAAUCAAGGAUGGUAAAGAAGGUUUUGUGAUUGAAGCUUACUCGGGGCUAAUAAAAACUGCUAUGCUGUUCAAAAAUAUGAGAAGAUCCUAUUUCAAGUUUCAGGUCAUUGCAACUGACAAUUAUGGAAAAGGACUGAGCAGCAAAGCAGAAGUACUUGUCUCUGUGGUCAAUCAGUUGGAUAUGCAAGUCAUCGUCUCUAACGUUCCUCCCACCCUCGUGGAACAAAACAAAGAUCAACUCAUAGG